GUAAACGCCGGUACUAAAUCUAGCGUUUGAAGCAAGUUCAUUUGUAAAUGUACAGUUCACAAUGAUACAGUUCAAGUUGUUUAUAUUGUUUCACUUAUUAUUGAUAUCCACAGCUGUGAAUCAGCACUCCAUUAAAAAAAGAUCUUUACUGUUUCCUCGUGCCACUGUUUUGCAAUUUACUUAUGGCAUAUCGGCACCUGCGAUCCUUCCCUCUAGAUCUAUUAAUUUAAGUUUAUGUGUACAAGCAAAUUACGACCUGCCCAACAACCUCACGAAUCUCAUUCAACCGAAAAUUGUUCAAGCAAAGGCCAACAACAACAAUUUUGAUUUGAGCAGAGAAGCGUUUUAUAAAUACAUAGUUGGCUUUCUGAACAGCUUUGGUUUAAACGGCGAACAAUGUCUCUACCGUUUAAUCUGUGAAAUAUCGGAACAUCCCAUGCAUUUGGAACACAGGGAAAAUCUUUUAGAGACGAUUGUUCAUUUCGUCUUUACGCCUUCUCUAGAACUGUCAUUUAACUCGUCUGAACUUUUCACCAGCAAAUUGCUUGAAGCUGAAAUCUUGGGUAGACAUAACGGAGAAUGCGGCAAAAAUUAUUCACGGUGUUUUAUAUCCCUCGCUGAUUUAUUCACUGCCAAAUAUAUUAUUUAACAAAUCCA